UGAGAAACACUAAUCACUGCCAAUAGCUUUCAUUUUGAAAGAGAGAAAUGCACAGUCCAAGUCCCAAGAACACAAUGCACAAAAACAAAAUAGUUUUUACCUUAAAGAUAUUCACAAACCGCCAUUUUUAACAUAAUUCAAAAUAAAAAGGUCCUUCUUUUUUUCAUAGGCCUCACUCAGUGCCAUCAAAAUCCAAACUUGGAUAAACUCUCUUUGAAUCCAAGUUUCAUCCUCUUCUGGGUUGUCUUCAGACUUUAGUAUAGUCCAAUGUCAGUGUCACCCUCUUCCUCACACCUCUCAAAUCCACCAUUUAAAACUCUAUCAGUAGUGUGCAUUUUCUGAACCUCUCAACUUGGCCAAGCUUGUACCUUUUUCUUUUGGGGUAUAAAUCCCUGCAAGUUCUGGGAAAUUCAGUUUCAUACCAUCAUUCUUUUUUGCUGAGUUGCACUUUUGUUGGGAAGACCACCUUGGCAGUGACUAACGAACGAGGAAGAAGAAGAAAAGAAGAAGAAGAAGCAGAAGCAACAUAGUGUAGAAAAUUUGGGAGAAGAACAUGAAGUUUUGUACUUUAUUGUUGUUGAUUGGUUUGGUUUCCGUGCUCUCUUUAGUGGCUUCUGUCGAGUUGCCUUCAAAUAAUGAAGUUUUGGCACUUAGAAGAUUCAAAGAAGCUGUUUAUGAAGAUCCACGUAAGGCUUUGUCCAACUGGAAUACUCUGGAGUCAGAUCCUUGUGACUGGAAUGGUGUUUCUUGCACUGCAACGCGAGAUCAUGUCAUCAAGCUUAAUAUAUCAGGGGCUUCGUUGAAGGGCUUUCUUGCUCCAGAAUUUGGGAAAAUCACAUACAUACAAGAACUGAUCUUACAUGGCAACAAUCUCAUUGGAAUAAUACCUAAAGAACUGGGCAUGCUGAAAUCUCUUAAGGUGUUGGAUUUGGGAAUGAAUCAGUUGUCUGGACCAAUUCCUCCGGAGAUUGGAAAUUCGACCCAACUUAUGAAAAUAAACCUGCAGUCCAAUGGUUUGACUGGUAGGCUACCUCCGGAGCUAGGAAAUUUGAAAUACCUUCAAGAACUUCGACUGGACAGGAAUAAGCUUCAAGGAUCUCUUCCUGGUGGUAGCAGUUCAAAUUUUUCUUCAAAUAUGCAUGGGAAGUAUGCCUCUGGUGUGAAUUUAACUGCCUUCUGUCGUUCAUCUCAGUUAAAGGUAGCAGAUUUUUCAUAUAACUUUUUCGUUGGCAGCAUACCCAAAUGCUUGAAGUAUCUUCCGAGAUCAAGCUUUCAAGGAAAUUGUUUCCAUAUCAAAGACAUAAAACAGAGAACUUUGGUGCAAUGCGGUGCUUCACCUGCCCAAAGUGGUCCAGUAGUGAACCCAAAGUCCGAAUCUGCUACCAAACAUGUAAAAACCAAGCAUCAAGAAACAUCAAAACCUGCCUGGCUUUUGGCUAUAGAAAUAGUGACGGGAACUAUGGUUGGUUCUCUCUUUGUUAUUGGUAUUCUCACUGCAAUUCAAAGGUGUAACAACAAAUCAUCUAUCAUUAUACCUUGGAAAAAAUCUGGAAGCGGAAAAGAUUAUCUGGCAAUACAAAUAGAGUCGGAGAUGUUAAAGGAUGUGACGAGGUAUACCAGACAGGAUCUUGAAGUGGCCUGUGAAGACUUCAGCAACAUAAUUGGAUCCUCACCAGAUAGCGUGGUGUACAAGGGUACGAUGAAAGGUGGACCUGAGAUUGCUGUAAUUUCCCUCUGCAUAAAGGAAGAAAAUUGGACGGGAUACCUUGAGCUUUAUUUUCAAAGAGAGGUGGCAGACUUGGCAAGGUUAGAUCAUGGUAACGCAGGAAAACUUCUAGGAUAUUGUAGAGAGAGCAGUCCAUUUACAAGGAUGCUGGUUUUUGAAUAUGCAUCAAACGGAACACUUUAUGAUCACCUACAUUGUUAUGGAGAAGGGUGCCAGUUGUCAUGGACACGGCGUAUGAAAAUUAUCAUUGGCAUUGCACGUGGACUCAAGUAUUUGCACAAUGAAAUCGAGCCAGCAUUCACCAUCUCAGAGUUGAAUUCCAAUGCUGUUUACCUUACAGAAGAUUUUUCCCCCAAGCUGGUGGAUUUUGAAAGUUGGAAGACCGUUCUUGAAAGAUCAGAAAAAAAUUCUGGUUCAGUUAGCAGCCAAGGAGCUGUUUGUGUUCUACCAAACUCCCUUGAAGCACGCCAUGUUGACCCCAAAGGAAACAUAUAUGCUUUUGGUGUACUUCUACUGGAGAUAAUCAGUGGAAGACCUCCAUACUGCAAGUACAAAGGGUACUUGGUGGAUUGGGCCAGGGACUAUCUCGAAAUGCCAGAAGUAAUGUCAUAUGUGGUGGCUCCUGAGUUGAAGCAUUUUAGAUAUGAAGACCUCAAAGCAAUAUGUGAGGUGAUAACUCUUUGCAUCAGUCCUGAUCCUUCUGUACGUCCAUCAAUGCGUGAAUUAUGCAUUAUGUUGGAGAGCAGAAUAGACACAUCGAUAAAUGUGGAGCUAAAGGCAUCAUCUCUGGCUUGGGCUGAGCUAGCCCUUUCAUCAUAAUUCAGUCAAUAAUACUCAACUAACCACACACCACACACUGCUACUGAAGCAGACCUAUAACCAUAAUGCAUUUCUAACUUCAAAUUUUCCUUUUUUUAUCUAUUUAGUUUUGUUUCUCACCUGUAAAUGAUUGUUCACAAAAAAGGGAAUGUGCAAGGGUUGAUGCAUCGUGAGGUAACCUUGUAUAGCGGUGGUUGACACAUGGAAAUUGAUAAAUGAAUGGAAAAAAAAAUUGUGUUGGACAACUGUCUUUACUUCU